AUGCCCGCUAUGCAGAAGAACAGUCAAUCCAGCUCGACCAACAACACCGAGUCCAACUCAGUCGAGAAACCUAUAUUGCCAAAAGACUCCAUCACGGUCGUCACUCCAGUCAAAGAAUUAAAGCCCCUCGGUCCCGCUGCUACCGAACCUGCACUGGUUCCCGAGCUCCUCGUCACCGACACGUCGAAGAGCAUCGCGUUCUGGUGCGGGCUUUGCGGGUUCGAGAUCAAAUAUCAGCGCGCAGAUGAAGGCUUUGCAUAUAUCUCGCGCGGCACCGCACACGUCAUGCUCGAACAGCGUGGCGUCGGCCGGAACUGGAUCACAGCGCCCCUUGAUCAGCCAUUCGGGCGUGGGAUUAACUUCCAAGUCAGUGUCUCAAACCUUGAGCCGAUCCUCUUGUCUUUGUCCGAAGCCGACUACCCACUCUUUAUGCCGCCGGAGACGAAGUGGUAUCACGUUAGUGGAAUAGAGGAAGCGGGAGUCCAACAGUUCCUUGUCGCGGACCCUGACGGUUAUCUCAUCCGCUUUCAAGCAUCUAUCGGGCGACGCGUAAUCACCUAG